CCCGGAGCACCUGUCCGCGCCGCACCGUCGGCCGCAGCCUCGGUCCCGCCGCUCCCGGCCCCGCUCGUCGGCCUGCAGCCUGACGCGGUUUCGCACAAGCUCCUCGUCGCCAUGUACGUCGCUGCCCGCCGUGCAGACGACGCUCACGAGAUCGGCAAGGCGCUUCUGGACGCCGCUGCCGCCGACUCGUCCGCACCGCGCCCGGCCUACGAGACCCUCACUGCCGUCGUCCACGCCCUCGCCAAGGCCAAGCGCCUUGACGACGGUGUCGCCUUUGCCGAGCGCAUUGCCGCCUCGGGCUACACCCUCCACCUCCGCCACGUCCGCUCGCUCAACAGCGCUCUCAACCACGCCCAGGACGGUGCUGCCCUUGCCCGUCUCCAUGCCAUCUGCGCCACUCCGGACCCUAUCCGUGGCUAACCCCCCCUCCUCCUUCCUCCCCUCCCCGCAUCCCCGCUCUGUUCAUCCACGUGAAUUCUGCCGAAGAAAAAAUUGUAUUCCCA